AUGCCGCCACCUACCGCCAUCUCACACGUCCUGGAGACAUGCAUAUACAUCAAGUCCAUGGCCGCAGCCCAGAACUUCUACACCGACCUCCUCGGUCUCAAACCUGAUCUCGCAACGGACCGCAUCACUGUCUACCCACUCGGACAAACGAAUUUGCUGCUCUUUCAGCUCGGUCAGACAUCUAACGAUGUCGUCUCAGAAGAGGAUCCGAGCCAGAUCAUUCCCAAGCAUGGUCCGACCGAAGAUUUGAUGCCUGCAUUCCAGUCUGGCGAGGGCAAGCUGAGGCAACAUUUCUGUCUAGCUGUGCCGAGCAGAGAGGACGCUGAGAAGUGGGAGGCAUAUCUGAGAGGUGAAGGAGUGCCGAUCACAGGCAGAAAGGAGUGGCCGCGAGGCGGGUAUAGUGUGUAUUUUGCGGAUCCGGACGGGCAUGUUGGUGAGAUCGCGAGUCGAGGGAUUUGGGAGCAUUACUGAAUGCCGUUGUCAACUUCUGGCCGCUCCAUGGAUAUCUCGUAUCGUCCUUGCUUUGAGCCACUAUCCCUCGUCUGGAUGUUUCUGAACGUGUCAAAGAAGGGAUC